AUGUCCGAGGAGCUGACCACGGGCCCCAAGGAGAGCCCACCGGCACCGCGGGCAGCCCCCCGCGAGGUGUGGAAGAAGGGCGGCCGCCUGCUGUCCGUGCUGCUGGCCGUGAACGUGCUGCUCCUCGCCUGCACGCUCAUCAGCGGCGGAGCCUUCAACAAGGUCGCGGUGUAUGACACCGACGUGUUUGCGCUGCUCACCACCAUGAUGCUGCUGGCUGUGCUCUGGAUCCUCUUCUACCUCCUUCGCACCGUGCGCUGCCCCGGCGCCGUCCCCUACCGGGACGCGCACGCAGGCCCCAUCUGGCUCCGAGGUGGGCUGGUGCUGUUUGGGAUCUGCACUCUCAUCAUGGAUGUCUUCAAAAUCGGCUACUACUCCAGUUUCUUUGGGUGCCAGUCAGCCAUCAAGAUCCUGUACCCUCUCACCCAGGCUGUAUUUGUCAUUGUGCAGACUUACUUUCUCUGGGUCUCCGCUAAAGACUGCAUUCACAUCCACCUGGAUCUGACUCGAUGUGGUCUCAUGUUCACACUCACCACCAACCUGGCCAUCUGGAUGGCAGCCGUGGUGGAUGAAUCGGUGCACCAGGCCCACUCCCACAACAGUUCUCAGAGCAACACCAGCCAUACCCGCCUCGCCCUGGACCUGGAGCGUGCGGGCAGCGCAGCCGGAAAAGACUGCUCCUGCAACACAGCCGUCUGCCAGAUCUUCCAGCAGGGCUACUUCUACCUGUAUCCCUUCAACAUCGAGUACAGCCUCUUUGCCUCCACCAUGCUCUAUGUCAUGUGGAAGAACGUGGGCAGGCUGCUGGCCUCCUCCACCCACGGCCACAGCCACACCCCAUCCCCGCUCAGCCUCUUCAGGGAGACCUUUUUUGCCGGCCCGUUCCUGGGCCUGAUGAUCUUCGUGGUAGGGCUGGCCGUCUUCAUCAUCUACGAGGUCCAAGUGAGCGGGGAGAGGGGCCGCACCCAGCAGGCCCUGGUCAUCUACUACAGCUUCAACAUCAUCUGUCUGGGGCUCAUGACCUUGGUCAGCCUGAGUGGCUCAGUCAUCUACCGUUUUGACCGCCGAACCAUGGAUCACCAUAAGAACCCCACGCGCACCCUGGACGUGGCCCUGCUGAUGGGUGCCGCCCUGGGGCAGUACGCCAUCUCCUACUACUCUAUCGUGGCUGUGGUGGCAGGCACACCCAGGGACCUGCUGGCAGGGCUCAACCUAGCCCACUCCCUGCUCAUGCUUGCCCAGCACAUCUUCCAGAACGUGUUCAUCAUUGAGAGCCUCCACCGGGGCCCCCCCGGGGCUAAGCCUCAUGAUACGCCUCCCAAGGAGCCCUGCCACGGCCUUACCUUUGCCAACCUGGACGCCCUCCACACCCUGCCCGCCUGCCCACCCACCCCCAGUCCAGCAGGACCUCAGGAAGCAGUGAGCAUCAUCUUGGCCCCCAAGAGCCACUGGAGACGCCGGUGCUUGAAGGACAUUUCUCUGUUUCUCCUUCUCUGCAACAUCAUCCUGUGGAUCAUGCCUGCCUUCGGGGCCCGCCCUCACUUCAGCAACACCGUGGAGGUGGACUUCUAUGGCUACUCCCUCUGGGCGGCCAUCGUCAACAUCUGCUUGCCCUUCGGCAUCUUCUACCGCAUGCAUGCUGUCUCCAGUCUGCUGGAGGUCUACGUGCUGUCCUGA